GGGCGCAUGUCAAUCACCGGCUCUCAUGUGAUGGCUCUUGCCGGUGACGUGCCAGCCAUAUGGGCGCUGGCAUCGCAGCCUGAGCUGGUAUCCACAAUGUUGACGAGGCUUUUCAGUGACCCCUCGCUGCUUCCCGACGUCCAGAAAUACUCCGGCUGGGCGGACGACAGCGACGGAGACGAUCCCAAGCUCAAGGAAGAGGAUCAGGACACCCACGAGGACAUGGACGGCUCCGACCUAAGAGGAGGCAGCCUGACACAGUCCGAGCACAAUGGGGAAGACGACAACGACGACGAUGAAAUAGAUGAAGAGGACGACGGAGAGGACACAGGGGGGGAGAGACCCAAGAAGAGGGGCCCCAAGAAGCGCAAAAUGACACCGGCCCGGGUGGAACGCUCCAAAGUGCGACGGACAAAGGCCAACACGCGGGAGAGGACCCGCAUGCACGACCUGAACUCUGCGCUCGACAAUCUGCGUAAAGUUGUGCCCUGCUACUCCAAAACGCAAAAACUGUCCAAAAUCGAGACGCUGCGUUUGGCUAAGAACUAUAUCUGGGCCCUGUCGGAGAUAUUGCGCGCUGGGAAAAGGCCCGACCUCGUGUCCUACGUCCAGACGCUGUGCAAGGGACUCUCGCAGCCCACGACCAACCUAGUGGCGGGGUGCCUGCAGCUGAACUCCCGCAACUUCCUGACCGAGCAGCAGUGUCAGGACGGGAGCAGGUACGGAUCCGGCUCCUUCUCCAUGCAUUCCUACCCUUACCAGUGCGCGCGUCUGUCCAGCCCCCACUGCCAGCCGGGCUCGAACUCGCUCCCGCUCAGGACGCACGGCUACUCCUCCACUUACGAUUCGGUGUACCCUGGGGGCGGAUCCCCGGAGUAUAACAGCCCCGAGUACGAGGCGCCCCUCAGCCCUCCACUGUGCGUCAAUGGCAACUUUUCUGUGAAGCACCAAGGCCCCGCGUCGCCCGAAAACGAGAAGGGGUACCACUACUCUAUGCAUUAUUCUGGCCUGCCAGGCUCCAGGCCCAGCGGGGCCCACAACCUGGUCUUUGGCUCCUCUGGAGCCCGCAGUGGCAUUCACUCUGAAAACGUCCUGCCUUACCACGACAUGCACUUACACCACGAACGGGCCCCGGCAUACGACGAACUGAACGCGUUCUUUCACAAUUAA